AUGAUCAUCAUUAGAUUUUCUUUUUUUGCUUUUUUUUAUUAUUUAUCAAUAAUCAUCAUGGCUAAUUGUUCUCCUGUAUCAUCAAUAUCAUUAAAACAUUUAAGAACAUAUAAAACACUAAAAUUUCAAUCAACAUUAAGUUCACCAAUCGAAAAUAAUGUUAACGAGGGUGCAGCAUUUCGUUUAACCUGUUCAUUUAUAUCAAAUUUUGAUACAAUUGAUAUAUUUUGGUUUCAUAACGAAACUUUAAUUGGAUCAUUUAUUUCAAAAAAAAUCUCGGAAGAAGAAAAUGAUAAUGUUGAAGAUUCGUUUUUGGGUGUUUCAGUUGUAUCAACGAUAAAUAUAGAAAAAAUUUCAUUUGAUAUGAAUGGUUCAUAUCAAUGUAUUGGAGUAUAUCAACAUAUUCAUGUUCAACAAACAUUUUAUGUUCAUGUUAAUACUACCCAGAAAAAUUCUUCAAUGAAAAAUUCUUCUAUAGAUUCAUUUAUAACUGUUCAUACAUCUCAAGCUUUAUUUGAACCCCGUAGUUAUGUAUUAUUAAUGUGUCGUUUUGCUUCUAAUCGGAAAGAUCAGUGUAAAACAGAAUGGUUUGAUCCAUAUGAUAAACCAUUAGAUACAUUAGCUCAAACCACAGAUUUAAUUCUUCGAAAUGCUACUUUUGAUGAUUCAAUGGGUUUAUAUACUUGUCAAAUUUGUUGUUUAAAUCAAUGUCAAAAAUUAACAUCUUUUGUUUAUCCGGCUGAAAAAGAAAGAUAG